CAAGCCAAGGAUGGCAAGAAUUUUACCGUAAGCUCAUCUAAAUCCAAUAAGCAUCAUCAUAAGUUUGAUCAAACUUCACUGGGUAUAACUUCUAGUUUUGAGCCCGUAUCUCCUCAAGCUUUGCAGCUUUCUUCGACUCCCGCUAUCAGCAACGCCCUACUGACCAGGAGCGGCUCUGAAUUGCAGCCUGGUUCUUCCCAGAAUUCGGCUGUUGUUGUUCAUCCCGAAGUCGCUCUAACGUCGGCCUCAGCCAUAGAGCUUGACUCUAAAAUAGGCAGAGCUUCCCAGCAUCGCCAUCAUCAUCGCUCCACUCGCUGCUGUCGCUGCCGACGUCGGAGACAGAUGUCGCUUCGUGAAAAAAAGAGCAUAGGAAGAAGUAUGGUUAAAAUGUCUUCUGAAGGCAGAAGAUUAGAGGCACCACCUGUCCUGACCGGGUUGGCAUCAAACGAAGAUGAUGCGGAGGGUGACAUAGGUUCCUCCGGUGAAGCAUUUCAAAAUGAAUUUGUGCUGAAACAAACUGCCAAGCCAAAGCGAACUAGGGAUCGUGGCAGGCCGAAGCAAGUAUCCACUGAUGAGCAAGCGAUCACGCCGGUAAUUAGCAACUCUGGUCUUUAG